AGGAGCUCGUCGCAAAGCACGGCCCUUUUAGUCGUUGACCUCCAGUACGAUUUCUUACCGGACGGAAGUCUGGCUGUUCCGGGAGGGGAUGAGAUAAUCCCGCACGUCCUUCGCCUUGUGAAUGGGUUCAACGAGAAAGAAAGAAUUGUAGUCGCAACCCAAGACUGGCACCCGGCAGGUCAUGGAAGCUUUGCCAGCGCUCAUGGCAAGGAUGUAUUCAGCAUGGGAACACUUGGGGGCAUCGACCAGGUGAUGUGGCCGGAUCAUUGCGUACAAGAGUCACGAGGUGCGGAGUUGCACGACGAUCUUCCGCAAGACAAAGUCACUAAGAUAUUGAGAAAGGGCAUCAAGCAGCACAUGGAUAGCUACAGUGGCUUCUUCGAUAAUCAGGAACACAACGACACUGGCCUGGAUUUGUAUUUGAAAUCCGCGAACACGCAAAGCGUAGUGGUUUGCGGGUUAGCUACAGAUUUCUGUGUGUGCUACACCGCACUGGACGCUAGGAAACUCGGAUACAAGGUGUAUCUCGUUCUGGAGGCUUGUCGCGGCAUAGACAGCCCGCCCGGAUAUGUCGACAAAGAAGUGCAGAAGAUGGUAGAUGCGGGCGUCGAAAUUGUAACUACGCAACAAGUAUUGGCACUUAUUUGAAUCCGAGACAACCUAGCGCCCACCACUGGCGGAGAUCUAUCGGGAUGCUUCGAGAAAUACUCUACAGCCUAUAUCAGCUUAAUAGGCACUCGUACUUGACUGGGGUGCUCCAGAAUCUAUAGGGUGGUGCCUCACAAACCCGAAAUGGCGGGGUGCUGUACACUACAAUGGGUUGUGAUCCAUACGUGCUACAUUACAAAUAUGAACUUUUGCUUAUAGGUCUACACUAUUGGGCAGUGCUGAUGUCUGCGACGAGCACUUUAAAUUUAAUAUAUAAUAAGACAGGCACCGCUGUCAAAAUACAUAAUUAUCGUUGGUGAUAGAUUUCUCCGAGCUACACCUGAUGAGCAUGUCGUAGAUCGGUGUGGUAGAACGGUUAACUACCUGUUCUAUCUCAUCGUGUACGUGUGCACCAAUAAAAAAUAUUAUCGUAAAGAACACGG